AUGAAUUACGACAAGCGUGGGCAGUUUCAUAUAUCCUAUCUAAUGUCUAUACACUAAGGAAGAGAGAGAGAGAGAGAGAGAGAGAGAGAGAGAUGGAGGCAGAUCAGAGCACAAAUGAUCUAUACAGAGAGUGUCUGAGAAACCAUGCAGCCAGCCUUGGAAGCUACGCCACAGACGGCUGUGGAGAGUUUACACUCGAUGACACCUCUCCGGGUAGCCUCCAAUGCGCAGCAUGCGGCUGCCAUCGCAACUUCCACCGCAAGGUCACGUACAUAGCGACCCACCAUGGGAGAUCAUCAGGACUGAGCUACAGCAGCCGCGGCCUAGACCCCGAGACGACCACAACCGAUCUCAUGGAGUACAGUGGCGGCGGUGGUGGACGGCAGGCGGUCAUGGCGAAGGUGGAGUCGGGGGAGGCUGCAGAGAGAAACAGCUUCAGCAAGAAGAGGUUCAGGACAAAGUUUACACAGGAUCAGAAGGAGAAGAUGCUGGCUUUUGCAGAGAAGCUGGGAUGGAAGCUACAGAGAAAGGAUCUAGAUGAAGAGAUUGAGAAGUUCUGCAGAAGUGUUGGGGUGAGUAGGCAGGUGUUCAAAGUGUGGAUGCACAACCACAAAAACUCUUCAUCCUCCUCUUCUGCUUCUACUGGCAAUGCCUCCUCUCUCACUCAGUAGUAGAACUAGUAGUAGUACUUCUGGGAGAGGAUUCAAUCCUUAGAGAGAGAGAGAUUAAAGGAAGUUGAUAAUCUUAUUAUUUCUACUUUAUUUUUUCAUAUGAUCUUCUUUUGUUUGGUUGUAAUUUAUCCUAAUUUUUCUAAGGAAAAGAUGCAUAUCUGCGUUA